GGAUGAGCGGCCACGAUUCCAAAUACUUUUCUACAACGAAGAAGGGAGAGAUCCCUGAGCUCAAAGAGGAGCUCAAUUCCCAGUACAAGAUCUCAGUUUAAGUUGCCAGAGAUAAGGAAUAACAAAGGGCUAGUAUUCAGAUAAGAAUCUUUAUGUCAUUUUAUUAUGCCGCAGUCAUAUCCAGUCUAACUCAUAUUUAACGGAUAAGAGAAAAGAUGCUGUUAAGAAGGUGAUAGCUGCAAUGACUGUCGGAAAGGAUGUUUCAUCACUUUUCACCGACGUAGUCAAUUGCAUGCAAACGGAAAAUCUGGAGCUGAAGAAGCUUGUUUACUUGUAUCUCAUAAACUAUGCUAAAAGCCAGCCAGAUCUUGCUAUUCUUGCUGUAAAUACUUUUGUAAAGGAUUCACAGGAUCCGAAUCCGUUGAUCCGUGCUUUGGCUGUACGGACAAUGGGCUGCAUUCGUGUGGAUAAAAUUACAGAAUAUCUGUGUGAUCCUCUUCAGAAGUGUCUCAAGGAUGAUGACCCAUAUGUCCGGAAGACAGCAGCUAUUUGUGUUGCUAAGCUUUAUGACAUAAAUGCUGAAUUAGUUGAGGAUAGGGGUUUCCUGGAUGCCUUGAAGGAUUUGAUAUCAGACAAUAAUCCAAUGGUUGUUGCAAAUGCUGUAGCUGCCCUUGCAGAAAUUCAAGAGAAUAGUACUAAACCCAUCUUUGAGGUGAAUAGUGCUACCCUUACAAAGCUUCUCACCGCUCUAAAUGAAUGCACAGAGUGGGGUCAAGUUUUUAUACUAGAUGCUUUGUCAAUGUAUAAGGCGGCUGACCCUCGUGAAGCUGAAAACAUUGUCGAGAGAGUUUCUCCGAGAUUGCAGCAUGCCAACUGUGCUGUUGUGCUCUCAGCUGUUAAGAUGAUCCUUCAGCAGAUGGAACUUAUUACUAGUACAGAUGUGAUUCGAAAUCUUUGCAAGAAGAUGGCUCCGCCUCUUGUUACAUUGCUUUCUGCGGAACCUGAGAUACAAUAUGUUGCACUUCGUAACAUUAACCUUAUAGUCCAAAAGCGACCUACCAUCCUUGCCCAUGAAAUUAAGGUCUUCUUCUGUAAGUACAAUGAUCCGAUUUAUGUUAAGAUGGAGAAGCUGGAAGUUAUGAUAAAGCUUGCUUCUGAUAGAAACAUAGACCAGGUUCUUCUGGAGUUCAAAGAGUAUGCCACAGAAGUUGAUGUUGAUUUUGUGAGAAAGGCUGUUCGUGCCAUAGGCCGAUGUGCCAUCAAACUAGAAAGAGCAGCCGAACGUUGCAUCAGUGUUUUGCUUGAGCUGAUCAAGAUCAAAGUGAAUUACGUAGUUCAGGAGGCUAUUAUAGUCAUCAAAGAUAUCUUCAGAAGAUAUCCAAACACAUACGAGUCCAUUAUUGCAACGCUCUGCGAGAGUUUAGACACAUUGGAUGAACCAGAAGCUAAGGCAUCCAUGAUAUGGAUCAUCGGUGAAUAUGCUGAAAGAAUCGACAAUGCCGAUGAACUUCUUGAAAGCUUCCUGGAGAAUUUCCCUGAGGAACCUCCACAGGUCCAGUUGCAGUUGCUAACAGCGACUGUCAAACUGUUUUUGAAGAAGCCAACUGAAGGUCCUCAGCAAAUGAUUCAGGUUGUAUUGAACAAUGCUACUGUAGAGACAGACAAUCCUGAUCUCAGAGAUCGUGCAUACAUAUACUGGCGUCUUCUCUCUACUGAUCCUGAGGCGGCUAAAGAUGUCGUUCUGGCUGAAAAGCCCGUCAUAAGCGAUGAUUCAAACCAGCUUGACCCAUCCCUUUUAGAUGAGCUUCUUGCAAACAUUGCUACCUUGUCCUCUGUGUAUCACAAGCCACCUGAGGCUUUUGUGACCCGCUUGAAGACCACAGUUCAGAAAACUGAAGACGAGGACUAUGCUGAAGGGAGUGAAGCAGGAUUCUCUGAGACAUCUGCUCAUCCUGCUGAUCCCGCAGGUUCUCCUCCAGUCACCGCAAGACAAGCAGCUCCUGCUCCUGCUCCUCCGCCUGAUCUGUUAGGUGACCUAAUGGGAUUAGAUAAUGCGGCAAUUGUCCCCUCUGAUCAACCCGAAACUCCAACUGGUCCACCAUUGCCCGUUCUCCUACCAGCAUCGACUGGUCAAGGUUUGCAGAUUAGCGCUCAAUUAACUCGAAGGGAUGGACAAGUAUUCUACAGCAUGCUUUUCGAGAACAACUCACAAAUUUUGCUUGAUGGUUUCAUGAUUCAAUUCAACAAAAAUACGUUUGGCCUUGCAGCUGCCGGACCACUUCAGAUUCCGCCUCUGCAACCUGGAACAUCUGCAAGGACAAUGCUGCCUAUGGUAUUGUUCCAGAACAUGUCUGCCGGUCCUUCCAGCUCGCUUUUGCAAAUCGCGGUUAAAAACAAUCAGCAGCCUGUCUGGUACUUCAACGGAAAGAUCUUACUUCACGCCCUCUUCAUGGAAGAUGGCAAGAUGGAACGCGGAAAUUUCCUCGAGACAUGGAGAUCAUUGCCGGAUUCAAACGAGGUUCAGAAGGAAUUCCAAGGGAUCACGAUCACGAGCGUGGAAUCGACGCUGGAUUUGCUAUCGGGGUCGAACAUGUUCUUCAUAGCGAAGCGUAAGAACGGGAAGCAGGACGUGCUCUAUCUGUCGGCGAAGCUGCCGAGAGGAGUGCCGUUGCUAAUAGAACUGACGGCGGUGGUCGGCCACCAAGGCCUCAAAUGCGCCGUCAAGACUCCAUCCCCUGAGAUGGCCCUUCUCUUCUUCGAAGCCCUCGAGCUUCUUCUCCUCCUCCACCUCAAGCCUUGAUCUGCCUCUUUAAGGUAACUUAAUAAACCUUAUUCUUUUUUUUUUGUGUGGAGAAAUUCAGUUUAGUUGUGUAUAUGUAAUCUCUCUGUUUGUUGCCUAAAGUUUCUAAAUUUUAUUUGCCCCGCUUGAACCCUUUUA